AUAUAUAUAAAUAUGUAAACCACAAUCACACUACUUGCAGCAAUAUCUCCACUAUGGAAGCUAAGACUGGACUCUUUGCUGGGUCUAAUAACAGCAAUGAACUUCUGGUCAUCCAAGAACACAACGAGCCUAAGGCAGUGAAGAACUUGGAUGGGCAAGUUUGUGAGAUAUGUGGUGAUUCUGUAGGGCUUACAGUAGAUGGAGACUUAUUUGUAGCUUGUGAAGAGUGUGGCUUCCCUGUUUGCAGGCCAUGCUAUGAGUAUGAAAGAAGGGAAGGGACUCAAGUUUGCCCUCAAUGCCAUACAAGAUACAAGCGUAUCAAAGGAAGCCCUAGAGUGGAGGGAGAUGAAGACGAAGAAGAUGUGGAUGAUAUCGAAUACGAAUUUAAAAUGGAAGAGGAAAAGUACAAGCUUAAGCAUGAAGAGAAUAUGAAUAGUAGAGAUCAUGAUGGUGAGAAUCCUAAAUCAAUAGGAAAGGUCAAUGGGGAACAGUCCUUAUCGUCCCACGGUAUUGGCGAAACUUCAGGUGGUGCAAAAUUAUAUAACAAGGAGAAAACAGAUGAAUGGAAGUUGCAGCAAGGAAAUCUGUUAAUUGAAACUGAUGCCUCAGUUGAUCCUGAAAAAGCAAUGAAAGAUGAAACUAGAAUGCCACUUUCAAGAAAAGUAGCAAUACCUUCAGGAAAACUCAGUCCUUAUAGAAUGAUGGUUGCGGCUCGACUCAUCCUUCUAAUACUCUUCUUUCAAUAUAGAAUCUUCCAUCCAGUACCUGAAGCAAUGGGACUUUGGUUCAUAUCUGUAUCAUGUGAAAUCUGGCUAGCAUUUUCAUGGAUAGUUGAUCAGAUUCCCAAAUGGUUUCCCAUUGAUCGCGAGACAUAUCUCGAUCGCCUUUCGAUCAGGUUUGAACCAGAAAACAAGCCCAAUAUGCUUUCUCCAAUAGAUAUCUUUGUAACUACAGCAGAUCCAAUCAAGGAACCUCCUCUUGUUACAGCCAACACUAUUCUUUCAAUUUUGGCACUAGAUUAUCCUGCACACAAAAUCUCAUGCUACGUUUCUGAUGACGGCGCUUCCAUGCUCACCUUUGAAGCUCUUCAAGAAACUGCUGAAUUCGCUCGAAAAUGGGUACCUUUUUGUAAACAAUUCUCUAUAGAGCCUCGAGCACCCGAAAAGUACUUCUCCGAUAAGAUAGACUUUCUUAAGGAUAAGAUUCAGUCCACAUAUGUAAAAGAACGCCGUACUAUGAAGAGAGAAUAUGAAGAAUUCAAGGUGAGAAUAAAUGCACUUGUGGCUAAAUCCAUGAGAGUUCCCACAGAAGGUUGGAGUAUGAAAGAUGAGACACCAUGGCCAGGAAACAAUCCAAAAGAUCAUCCAAGUAUGAUACAAAUCCUUCUUGGUCAUAAUGGAGGAGACCAUGAAGGGAAUGGACUUCCUUGUCUUGUCUACAUAUCUAGAGAGAAAAGGCCUGCAUUUCAACAUCACACCAAAGCCGGUGCAUUGAAUGCCUUGCUUCGCGUAUCAGCAGUGCUCAGCAAUGCUCCUUUUGUUCUCAACUUGGAUUGCAAUCAUUAUGCAAACAACAGCAAAGUUGUGAGAGAAGCCAUGUGUUUCUUUAUGGACAUUCAACUUGGGAAUAGCAUUGCUUUUGUCCAGUUUCCGCUGAGAUUUGAUAGCCUUGAUAAAAAUGAUCGUUAUGCCAACAAAAACACUGUUUUAUUUGAUAUUAAUUUAAGGUGUCUAGAUGGAAUUCAAGGACCUGUUUAUAUUGGUUCAGGGUGUAUAUUCAGAAGGAAAGCUUUAAAUGGCUUUGAUUCUCCUAAGGCGUCUAAACGCCCUCGAAGUGUACAAGUGCAUUCAAAACAGGAUGAAAAUGGAGAAGAUGCAAGCAUUAUAGAAGCAACAGAUGAAGAUAAGCAGCUAUUGCAAUCAAAUAUGAAUACUGAAAAUAAAUUUGGAAAAUCUACACUCUUCAUGAAUUCUUCAUUAACAGAAGAAGGUGGUGUAGAUCCUUCUUCAAGUCAAGAAGCUCUUCUUAAAGAAGCCAUUCAUGUCAUGAGUUGUAGCUAUGAAGACAGAACACUCUGGGGUUAUGAGGUGGGUAUGAGCUAUGGAUCUAUAGCAGCAGAUAUGCUAACAAGUUUGAAGAUGCAUUCGCGCGGUUGGAGAUCUGUAUACUGCAUGCCAAAGAGAACUGCUUUUAGAGGCACAGCACCAAUCAAUCUUACAGAAAGACUUAAUCAGGUUCUUAGAUGGGCAGUAGGGUCACUUGAGAUUCUGUUCAGCAGCCACUGCCCACUAUGGUAUGGUUUUAAGGAAGGAAAACUCAAGUUGCUCCAGAGGAUUGCCUAUAUUAACAGCACUGUCUACCCUUUUAGUGCAUUGCCUCUCCUAAUCUAUUGCAUCAUUCCUGCCAUCUGCUUGCUCACUGAUAAAUUCAUCACACCAUCGGUAGGAACUUUUGCAAGUCUAGUAUUCAUUUCUCUCUUCAUCUCAAUCUUUGCAUCUGCAAUUCUUGAACUGAGAUGGAGUGGAGUUAGUCUUGAGGAAUGGUGGAGAAACCAACAAUUCUGGGUCAUUGGAAGUAUCUCAGCACACCUCUUUGCAAUUGUCCAAACUCUAAUGGGAGGAUUCCUUGGUAGAUUUAAUGCACACUUCAGCAUUGUAUCGAAGGCACCGGACGAAGACGGCGAGUUUCAUGAACUAUACACCAUUAGAUGGACAGUACUACUAAUACCACCAACAACAGUAACAGUAAUUAACCUUAUUGGUAUUGUGGCUGGUUUCACAGAUGCUAUAAAUAGUGGUGAACAUUCUUGGGGAGCAUUGAUUGGGAAACUAUUCUUUUCUUCAUGGGUUAUUGCUCAUCUUUAUCCAUUUCUUAAAGGACUAAUGGGAAGACAGAACAGAACACCAACUCUUAUUGUUAUUUGGUCUGUGCUUUUGGCUUCUAUUUUUUCUUUGGUUUGGGUGAGAAUUGAUCCUUUUGUGUUGAAAACUAAAGGGCCUGAUGUUAAGCAAUGUGGAAUUAGUUGUUGAUUAUGUUUUUACAUACAUGAAUUAUGUCAGUCCAAAAGAAAAAAGUUUUGUGAAAUGAAAUACAUGCAUGAGAGAGCACUUUGUACUUAUUUUGUAAUUAGAGGAAAAGAAUAUAAGUUUUUACUUUGUGAUUUAUUUA